UAUCAUAAGCAUAAUAAUUAUUAUUACCUCAGUGGAAAGAAAAUAAAAAGCAAGAGAAAGUAAAAUUUUGCGUUUGGAUCAGUUUUUACCGGAACGCUCAGUGAUAAGAUUCAGUGUUGCAAACUAUUGAUAAAAUGUGCUGCUAAGGGCAGCUGUAAAUAAUAUUACGAGCAUCGUAGCAUAUGCAUGUUAUAAAUUGCCGUAUCAAAUCGUUUUGCUAGAAAGUAGAAAAAUAAUCGCGCAAUGACUACCCUAUUUGCACGGGUAUUUCGCCAGGCAAAAAUUACCUUUGAGCAGACAAAUGCUGAGCGAUUUUUGAGUAAUCUACAGAAUCUUCGGAUCAUGGUAGAACAGCUUACAAUGGCUGAUCUGAAUCUUGAUCCGGCAGUUGUGGCCCAUGAAACUUUCCAACAACCAACGAAGGCACCGUGUACUUUUAUUGAUAUCUUCGAAAAUAGCAGUUUUACGAUGUCUAUUUUUGUCCUGAGGGAAAACUAUACUAUGCCCCUGCACGAUCAUCCCCUAAUGCAUGGUCUUCUGCGAGUAGUGACCGGCUCCGUCAAGAUUCAAAGUUACACAGAGAUCGAUCGCCGAGAAAGCACUAGAGACGGCAACGAACUGCGGCAUGUGCUUGUCAAUGUGGAACAAGCGAAGGUAGUCGGCUCCGAUAAAGGUGAUUGUGCCAUGCUAACACCGACGGAACGUAACUUUCAUGAGAUAACAGCCGUUGGAGGACCAGCCGCUUUCUUUGACAUUCUCAGUCCACCGUACAAUGCGGAUAUACCGAUCUACGGAAGAAGGACUUGCUCAUUUUACCGGAAGCUGCUACUGCCUGGAGAUGGUGUCACCAACGAUGGCCGCAAACGAAUGGUAUUAGAGAGGAUUCCUACGCCGGACCAUUACUACUGUGAUACGGAAAAUUUCAAAAUGCCUGAAUUUAUGUUCGCCAGCGCUGCUAGUGAAUAGAAGUUUGACUCAACAUGCUGAAAAAUUAGGGCAUUAUCCAUUGCCGAGCAAAUGAUUAAAAUUGAAACAAGCUGUAGACUAAAUUAUUGUUUAAUAUACCUACUGAAGUUUUACUAACUAAUCGAUAUAAUUGCAUUUGUAUUAUAACUGACAUGAAGUAGGCGGAGCUCAUCCACCAACGCUAUGUCCACUUGCAUCUAGCUUCUUUCUACGGUUGUAUAUGAAGAAUAGUAAUUUAGCACUUGUUUUGAUGAUAUUUAAUACUAGUUUGGCAAAAAUCACUAUGUGAAGUAAUCACAGAAAAGGUCUAUGAAAGUUUGAACUGAUAAUUCUUUUUGUACGAUUUCUGAGUCAAGUAUUUCUAGUUUUGCUACCGUUCCCCUUGGGCCCUAUUUUCAUAGUCACGUCACUUAGUCACUAAAAGGAAAGUUUCAUCUAGCCACCAGGCGACGUGACUCUGAGAAUAGGACCCAUGAUGAAAGUACUAGAAAACUCCAAAGACAAAAAAACGGUUUUCUUCAGGUGAAUGAAGAUUUUUACAAGGUUUAUAUAGUUUAUUGCAACUUUCAAAAUUAUCAUGGCGAAAUAACAUAGUUGUACGUAGGGCUAAUUGACU